AUGACUGAUAGGUCAUUCUUGAUGACUACUCUUAGGUACAAGGGUACCAGUGAUCUACCACUCAAGGAAAUCAGUGUUUAUUACGUUAGUCACACUGUCGCUGGUAACAAGUAUAUACCACAUGCCGUUUUGAUCAAUCUUGGACCGGUAACAAUGGAUUCUGUUUGA